GGGACAAUUGGAAAAUGAAGGGAAGUGGAGGAAACACCCACAGUUCCACUCCUCGAACAUAAUUUUCCACGUUUGUUCAUUCCCUUUCAGCUGACAUCACGAAGUACAGUGGUCUCCAGUCCUCACCGUGGCACGGGACCGGUAAACGCACUUGCACGUGGGCCGGGCACCUCACUUUUCCCCGCUGGGGACCUCUGCCCUACCGUGCCCCCGAGGGCCCAGCGGAAACGCCCCGGCCCACCCGCCGGAAGUGACGUAAUCUCACGGCCUAGCAACCGUUGCCAAGGAGCUCGUCUCUAGGAACCCUGUAGAGCCUGGAUGCCUCCUGCGGGGGGGAAAAGUGGUUUCUUGAGGAGAAUUUGAGUUAUAAGACCCAAUUAUGAGUGAUCAAAUCAAAUUCAUUGUGGACAAUCUCAAUAAAGAACCUUUUAGGAAGAACUAUAAUUUAAUUACAUUUGAUUCCCUGGAGCCAAUGCAACUGUUGCAAGUUCUCAAUGAUGUUCUGGCUGAAAUUGACCCAAAGCAAGUUGUUGAUAUCAGAGAGGAGAUGCCAGAGCAAACAGCCAAAAGGAUGUUGAGCCUUCUUGGUAUCCUUAAAUAUAAACCUCCAGGAAAUGCCACAGACAUGAGUACCUUUCGUCAGGGUCUGGUGAUUGGAAGUAAACCCGUAAUUUAUCCAGUACUCCACUGGCUUCUUCAGAGGACUAAUGAACUGAAGAAAAGAGCAUAUUUAGCUCGUUUUUUAAUAAAACUUGAGGUACCUAGUGAGUUUCUUCAGGAUGAAACUGUGGCUGAUACCAAUAAACAGUAUGAAGAGCUAAUGGAAGCCUUUAAAACUUUGCAUAAAGAAUGUGAGCAACUUAAGACAUCUGGAUUUUCUACAGCAGAAAUAAGAAGGGAUAUCAGUGCCAUGGAGGAAGAAAAGGAUCAGCUCAUUAAGAGAGUUGAACGUUUGAAGAAAAGGGUGGAGACAGUUCAGAAUCAUCAACGGAUGCUUAAAAUAGCAAGGCAACUUCGAGUUGAAAAAGAGAGAGAAGAAUUUCUUGCACAACAGAAACAGGAACAAAAGAAUCAGCUAUUUCAUGCAGUGCAGAGACUGCAAAGAGUACAAAAUCAGCUGAAAAGUAUGCGCCAUGCAGCAGCAGAUGCAAAGCCUGAAAGUUUAAUGAAGAGGCUAGAGGAGGAGAUAAAAUUUAAUUCUUAUAUGGUUUCUGAAAAAUUUCCUAAAGAAUUAGAAAGCAAGAAAAAAGAAUUGCAUUUUCUACAAAAAGUGGUUUCAGAGCCUGCCAUGGGCCAGUCUGAUCUUCUUGAGCUUGAAUCUAAAAUAAAUGAAAUAAACGCACAGAUCAAUCAGCUAAUUGAAAAGAAAAUGAUGAGAAAUGAGCCAAUUGAAGGCAAACUCUCACUAUAUAGGCAACAGGCAUCCAUCAUUUCUCGUAAAAAAGAAGCCAAAGCUGAGGAACUUCAGGAAGCAAAGGAGAAGUUGGCCAACCUAGAGAGAGAGGUGUCAGUGAAGACAAAUCAGACCCGUGAAUUUGAUGGCACUGAAGUUUUGAAGGGAGAUGAAUUCAAACGAUAUGUCAGUAAACUUCGAAGCAAGAGUACAGUUUUCAAAAAGAAACAUCAAAUAAUAGCUGAAUUUAAAGCUGAAUUCGGUCUCUUGCAGAGGACAGAAGAACUUCUUAAACAACGUCAUGAGAAUAUUCAACAUCAGCUGCAAACUAUUGAAGAGAAAAAGGGUAUAUCUGGGUAUAGUUACACCCAGGAAGAGCUAGAACGGGUAUCUGCACUGAAGACUGAGGUUGAUGAGAUGAAAGGCCGAACGCUCGACGACAUGUCUGAAAUGGUAAAAAAACUGAAUUCACUGGUAUCUGAAAAGAAGUCAGCUCUAGCCCCAGUUAUAAAAGAACUACGACAGUUGCGUCAGAAAUGUCAAGAACUUACCCAGGAGUGUGAUGAAAAGAAAUCCCAGUAUGAUAGCUGUGCAGCAGGCCUCGAAAGCAAUCGAUCCAAAUUAGAACAGGAAGUCAGGGGACUCCGUGAAGAAUGUCUUCAAGAAGAAAGUAGAUACCAUUACACAAAUUGUAUGAUUAAGAACCUAGAAAUACAGCUUCGUCGAGCUACCGAUGAGAUGAAAGCCUAUGUCUCUUCUGAUCAGCAAGAAAAAAGAAAGGCAAUUAGGCAACAGUAUACAAAAAAUAUUGCUGAACAGGAAAACCUUGGAAAGAAACUCCGAGAAAAACAAAAAGCUGUACGAGAAAGUCAUGGUCCAAAUAUGAAACAAGCGAAAAUGUGGCGUGAUUUUGAGCAGUUGAUGGAAUGUAAGAAACAGUGCUUUCUGAAACAACAAAGCCAAACUCCCAUGGGUCAGGUAAUUCAGGAGGGCGGGGAAGACCGGCUGGUGCUCUGAAUCUGUGUGCCAUCAUGUGGGGUUUUAGUUGAUACUACUAGAUAUAAGCAUAAUCCCGUAAUUUAUUUCUUUUCUGGAAAGUGAUUUGUACAACAUUCUGUUUUCAGGUUAACCAUUCCUAUUAAGUUGCCUUGGAAGGUAAUGUUAAGGUAGAUUUAGGUUUUAAAGUUUUUUAAUAUGAAAAACGGCUUUUAUUGUUUUGCUUAGUUUAGAGAUUAGCGGUGUCUUAGGAGUUUUAUGAGACAGGAGACUAAAUUUACUCUCUGUAAAUGUAAACAUAUGUCCAUUAAGAAGCGUGUAGUUUUUUAAAAAUGUAAUAACCCGAUGGCUUAAUGUUCUUAAUCUUUUUUUUAACUUUAGAGGAAUCUUUUAGGAACUAAUAUCUCUUGUUUUGAAGAAACAUUUAUCUGAAGUUCAGCAAUUCCUACAGUUUCAAUUCAGUUUCUCUUUCUUCUGUAAAAUUCAAGAAAAUUUGCUAUUUUGAAUAACAUAUUUGUUCUGUCUGAAUUAUUUAAAGGCAAAUAAAACU